ACUUGUAUACAUAAAGUUCUUAACAGACGUUGAAUUUUACGUUAUGAAAUACUUUCUUACAUUUUUUAUUUGUUUUGAUGCAUUACAUCAUUUGGCGAUAUCAUCAGGAUAUGAAGAUAUACAGAGAUACGAAGAUGUACCGCAACAAUUUAAUAGUAACGCAGAAAGCUAUGAAAAGUUAAAGAGUCCAAGUUAUCAGUACAAGCUUGAGGGUAUGGCUGGAGACGUAACCGAUUUAUUGGGAUCUAAUGUACAUUUUCGACAGUCGGGAACUUACGACGACUACGGUAGACGAUUCUUCUUCUUCAACGAUGAUGAGAGUAGGAAAAAUACUAACCCAGCAAAUGAAAAUUUGGUACCGAUGAAGGCACCUCCGGAAUUGGUUGUAGCCUUAGCGAAAUUGUCCGCGAAACGUGAAGCAAAUAACAUAGUGGAUCCUUUAGAAGAAUUAGCCAAAAGAUCUAUCGUAAGAACUGGGGAUUAUUGGGAUGGCGUGUGGAAAGAAGACGUUGAAGUACCCACUAACAACGUACUAAGAUCUAAAGAUAAACCAGUUCCUGGCGUAGUAAGUUUGUUAACUUUUUUUUUUCAAAAUGAGAAGCAGAAAUUUGUACAUAUUGAAAUAACUUAAAAACUACAGGGGCAAUUUCAAAAAAUCUUUCACCGAAAAGCUAUGUUACCGAUGAGUAACGGAGGCUACAUUUUUUACGAUGAUGUUGCGAGCAAUAGCUGAGUUAUAAAAUUGAUAUAUUAUUUUCAGGGUAUAGUAAAAGCGAAAGUCGCACCUGGGUCAAAAUUAUACCGGUUGAUAUCCGUUCUGCAACAGUUUUCGCCUCGAUUACUGUACGUCGUUAACAAGGAACAAGGGAAAUGAUUUGUCAAUUAUAAUAUUCGCAAUUAAUUUGUUUUAAUAUACCUAUAGUGUUAGAGGAAGUUUGAGA